AUGUCCCACAAGGUGACGAAAGCCCAUAACGGCGCCACAUUGACGGUGGCCGUCGGCGAGCUCGUGGAGAUUCAGCUUCCCAGCAAUCCCACCACCGGGUUCGCGUGGUAUUUUGAAGGUGGUACCAAAGAAAGCCCCAAUGAAUCCAUGUUCACCGUCGAGAAUAAGUACUUUCCUCCGGACAGUAAACUGUUGGGUGCGGGCGGGACGGAGCACUUUCAUGUGACGGUGAGGGUGGCCGGUACGCACCCAAUAAAUCUCAUUUACAUGCGCCCGUGGACAGGAGCUUCGCACGACUCCGAGCGUUUCACUGUAUAUCUCAAGGCAAACUGA